UCGCUGAGCUCGUCGACCAGGGGCGUGUUUGUUAGUUAAAGUAAACAUAUAACGGAAAAGACAACAAAUAAUCUAUGUACGCGUUUGUUGAAUGGCAUUUGGUGUCGUACUAAGCGUGUCCGGACCGAUCACUGACGGCUUUCAUCGGGAUAUCCAAUGACUGCGAUGACCUGUAAAUUAAGUGGCCUGUUCAACAUUGGCGAGGACUUUGAUGAUGAGGACCUGCUCGGGACAGACUGGGCUGUCCGCUCGGGGUCUGGACCAGCCGAUGUGUCAGCUGCUGUGUCAUCCUGCGCGCUGCGUGCCUCCUCUGCUGCUCGCGGAGAGCCGGAGAAAAACCUCCUCCAGCUAACUGCAGAGAGAUCAGCUGCCCCGCGUGAUGGCACAGCAUCAAGGAGCAGCACGCACGCUGCUGCUGGACAAACUGUUGCUCUGGGUUUGAGGCAGCCCUCCUCCUCCUCCUCCUCCUCCUCCUCCUCUCAGCCUCCUCCCACUCUGAAUAACACUCAGCCUAAUUUGGCAUCACCACAGAGUUAUGCUAACUCUGGGGGGUCACUGAAGCCCUGUGUGGCUCAGGAUGACUUUGAUGAUUGGGAUGUUGACCUGGCAGACCUGGAUGAGUGUGACGACCAGAUGGGGCAGCCGAAUCAACCCUCUGCUCCCGCUCCACCUGCGCCUGCGUCUUCAGCCAAAAUGCUUCGACCCCCGACCUGUGGAGGGGUUCAGACACUACCUGAUCGGACCCUGAGGGAGCUCAGUGCUGCACGCCAGCCAUGUGGCUCAUCUAAUCAGAACUUACCUCCUCGGACGCUCUCAGCUGCUCAUAUGCGAUCUCCAGUUCUCCGCCCUACUUUCGUAUCAGCCCCUCCACAGAGUCCUAGUGUUUCCCCCAGCCUCACUGCAACUUCUCCUGCCCCCAGCCCCAUUUCCAGGACAUUUAACAGGCUCCAGCAGCCACAGAGACCAUGGUCUACUCCAAGACCCCCCCCUCAGGCCCGUGGCCUCUUUGAGACAGUCUCCCCAGCACCCUCCUCCUCCUCUGUGAGCCCCACCGCUCUGAGCCCUCAUCCCCUUCACACACCAGUCCUCACCAACCGCCUGGUCCAGCUGGUAUCCGCCUCCAAUAAGCUUCCAAAGAAAAGGCCUCGCUCUGAGCCACACCGGCCCAGGACCCGACGGUUCCCCGGUCCCGCUGGACUCCUGCCACAGCAGCCGCAGGGUCAGAACCUGGACGACAUAGUGGUUUCUGUUCCUCAUGCUCCUGCUCACGGUGUUGUGGCGCGGUUGCCCAGCCAGGGUUCCAGCUCUCAAACUGAGGAAGACGAGUUCAGUGGCGGCGCCUGGGCGGCGAUGAAGGCAGAGAUGGGAUUGGAUGAGAGGAACCCGUCGUGCUUCCUGCACUCUUACAGCGUGGUCAUGGUGCUGCGAAAGGCUGCACUGAAACAGCUGGCGAAAAACAAAGUGCCCAACAUGGCCGUGCUUCUGAAGAGCAUCAUUCACACGCACGCUGAUGCCAAGGCUGUGUUUAAGGACCCGACAGGGGAGAUUCAGGGAACUGUGCAUCGGCGUCUCCUGGAGGACAGAGUGGACGAGCUGAAGGUCGGAGCCGUGCUGCUGCUUAAACAAGUUGGUGUGUUUUCCCCCUCCCAUCGUAACCAUUACCUGAACGUGACACCCAACAACCUGCUGAGGAUCUACGCCCCUGAUGGAGUCAGUCUGACCUCCACUCAGCUCCCCCCGCUGGCCCUGGAGCCGACGUCAGCCGCUUGGUCUUCCACCGUCCUCCAGUCUCAGAUGCAUCUGGUGUUUGACGAGGAGGAUGACGAAGGGCAAGAGGGUGAAAGAUGCACGGAGGGAGGCAAAGACCCUCAAGCCCCAACAGACACUAGAGUCAGCUCCAGCAGAGGACACCAAGAGCCUGCUGGGAAUCCAGCACCACAGGACCCAGGCUGGGAUGCAGAUGAUGACUUGGAUGAACUCCUGGGAGAGUUAACCGAGGACACCUACAGCCUUUGAUGUAACAUCAAACAUACAGACUGUCUCCACUGACUUGAGUUAUUUCAUGACUGACGAACAGUAAACAUGCUGUCCUUUCUUUUCCCGUUAUCACGUCUUUAAACUUGUAAAUUUCUGACCACCGGCGAACUUGUGAAAAAUGUUUUUUUUCCCCUCUGUACGUUCAACUGUGUUUAAUACCCAAGUACCACAGAGUAAAGUCUCAAGUUA